CAAGAGCAAAGAUAACUCCCAUGGGUGUUGUGGCAGAAGCUGGCACACGGAGAGUGAGCACACUCAUCUAUAUCUAAGCAGGUAGUAUUGUCACUGCUGAUGGUGUAACCGCUAUUGCAGGAGCAGAGACGCUGAAGAGCCAUGCGGAACUAGGUCCAAAGAAGAACUUUUAAAAUCAAAAGGGGUAUCAUAUUCAACAGAUCCUGGGCCAGCAAGAACAACCCGCUGGCACAUGCCCUGAAAGUUGAAUUUGCAGAUGUAGCCAUCAGCGUGGAAAGAGCAUAACUCGUCCGACCAUUUGUAAUUAUCAGAUCUUUUCUUGGUGGUGUCUUCUCACAAAGAAAAUGAAGAAGUUGCUACAAAGCCAAGUGCAGUUAAGAAGUUUCUGUUUACCUUUCCAAAAUCGGAUGGACAAGAAGUAAUAUUUUUGUGUUCAUGCUUGCAGGAUAGGUUGACUGGAAUAAAACCGUAGGUAUUACUGUAUCUUUUAGUGAAAGGUAAGUUUCGAAUAUUAAAUUGAAAGACACUCAACAGCCAAAACCAUACUUGACAGAUGGUAAGAAAAAAAAAACAUUUUAAUCUAUAUGUAUUUGGAUAAUUGCUUUAGUAAUAUAAAUAUUUCUCAACUGUGAGAGGAAAAAAAUAUUACAUGAUGGGUAUGAAUGAUAGUCACAAUAAACAGAACACGAGUUGAGUAUAGGAUGUAAAUCAUCCAUCCAUAUUUAUAGUUGAGGGAGGCAUUUCUCAAGUCUAGUGUUUUAUCUGGCGAAUCACUGGAGUUGUGAUGACUAUUUUUUGUCUAAAAGAAUGUAAAUGUUUGUUUUUCAAUUGUACAUAUGGACAAAAAGCCUUCUACAACCUCUUAGUCCAUAUAGAUGUUAUUACUGUUGUGGACAUAGAUACACAAUGUGAUUGCGCGAAAAUAGAAUAUUGAAUGCUCUCGCUAGCAAAAAAACGGCAAGGCACUAAUUUCUAUUUACUAUUUAAAAUGACUACAUAAUUUACAUCCUAUUAAUCAUUGUUGUUUAGAGCGCUAUGAAGUUAAACUGUCACCAGAAACAGUGGUUCAAAACCCUCGACACGACCGUCAAUAGUACAGCAGGGGGAUUCUGUUUUCGUAUAUGUUACAGAAUUCUCUGUUAGGAGAAGCCAGCCUGCUGUUAGGCCUAAGCGCUGGCAAUCACAGUGAAGGGAUGGGAAAUGGGGGAAUGGUAAGCGAGACGUGAAGCAAGUAGGACCCUGCCCCCUUGACUCCAAGCCUGGACAUAAAGUAACGCUGGCCGUGUAUUAAAAAUAAAUUAUCUCACUACUGCAGCAUCAUAUUUAGUAACAUAUUUUAAGAACUGAAUGCCCCGGCUGUUCUCCUGUUUGUCUUAUAUGUGUUUUUGAACCCCCAGAUUGUGGUUCAAUUUUUACCUCAGCUUUUUUUUACUUGGCCAGUUAUGAAUAUAGUUACAACCCUCAUUCUAAUAAUUUCUUUUUUUUUUUUAUUUAUUUAUUUAUUUUUAGGUCAAUUUCAUUGAAAAAAAUGCCUAGCUGUGUUAUCCAACAGUGCAGUAGCCGAACAGUAAAAAAAAAAAUUGGGGAUGACGUGAUACUUCAUUGCUUUCCAAAGCAAAAAGAUAGUAUAAAACUCUGGCUCCAACAGAUACCGCAGGAUUUUUUGGAUAUUGACCAACUAGCCCAAAAAAUUCUAGAAGAAAACAAAAACAAUAAAUAUCGCCUCUGCUCCCUACAUUUUACUGAAGACAGCUACAAAAUUACACACCAUGGUCGUGUACUUUAUCCCAACGCUAUUCCAACAAUUUUUUCUUUUGAAAAGGGAGACAUAUUGUUAUCCGAAAAUCUACAACUGGCUAGACCAUCAAAAAGGAAAAGAUGUCUGCAAUCAAAAACAGGUAAUCCAGAGGAAGAUCUGACAGGACAAAUCAGAAGUGAUGCCUCCUUGGAAAUAUCUUCUGUAAGAACAAUGGAUGUCGCCACUCAAACAGAGUUAUCUUUGCUAAACAGCGUCAUACUUCCUAAGUCUGAUUUCGAAAGUGUCAGUCCACGUAAGUAUAUUGAAGUAGGUAGUGAACGGAAUAUUCAUUCAAUUUCGACUCCAAACCCCGGGAAGCAGAGGGACGAAUCAGAAUCUCCACUAAAGAAGAGGCAAAAUAGGAUGUCUUUCAAUCAAGAUUUUGUCCCUCAAAUGGAUGAAGAUUUUUCAUCUUGUUUUACACCUCUAUCGCCGAUUGCUGAAGAUUGCAUUGAGGAUGAAGACAAUGAUAAAGAAGAUUCGGAAGACGGACAAGACAAUAGUGAUUAUGUACCAAACGUGUCGAGCUUUUUCGAAUCAGAACUGGAAGAAUUAGCGCCAAUAAUCUACCAGGACACUGUUAUCAAAGCACCAGAACUUACAGUACAAGACGAAAAAGAGCAAGUGAACCAACGAAAACUACUAGUUUUUGAAUCCCAUCUUGAAAAUCUAAUUUACAAAGUGAGAUGUCAAGGUCAACCUAAUUGCAAUUAUCUUGUCCAAAAUUUUAAAAAAACCUUUGAUGGAUCAUAUUGUAAGUAUACAGGAAAAUGCUAUGCAGGUCAUUAUUUUGAAAUUUUUGAAACCCAGCCACGAGUUGGUAAGUAUGCUUCUGGCAAUAUUCAACUAGCUGCCUCCCUAUUACUUAGCGGUUCAAAUUUCCAAAAAAUUAACGAAUUUUUUAACUUAUUGUAUGUGGUAAGUAUUUCAGAAAAAACAUAUUACAGGUAUCAGACCAAUUUUAUUUUUCCAUCAAUUGACAAGGCAUGGAAACAGAACCAGCAGUCUAACCUUGACGCCCGCAAAACUAAGAAAUUGAGCAUAUCUGGAGAUGGUCAGUGUGACAGUCCCGGCCACAGUGCAAAAUACUGUGUUUACACUAUGAUGGACUGUGUCACAGAUACUAUUCUUGAUUUUGAAGUGGUUCAACGUAGCCAGUGUUCAUCCUCCGUUGCAAUGGAGAAACAUGGAUUUGGAAUCGUCAUGGAUCGUCUACUUGAGAAGGGCAUGGAAAUACAGAUAUUUGCAUCGGAUCGACAUGUCGGGAUUCGAAAGAUGAUGAAAACCAAUUACCCCCAGAUCAACCAUCAAUUUGACAUAUGGCACUAUUCAAAAUCCAUUAAAAAAAAACUCACUAAAGUUUCAAAAAUGAAAUUAUGCAAGCAAAUAGCUCCCUGGAUUGACAAGAUCGGUCUUCACUUCUGGUGGUGUGUCAAAACAAGUCAGAAUAACGUCGACCUAUUCAAGGAAAAGUGGUUUUCACUACUGCAUCACAUCUGCAACCAGCACCAGUGGGAAGCAAAUCUGUACAGCAAGUGUGCUCAUAAAACUAUUGAAGAUGGUGAUGAAGAAAAACGCUACUUAUGGAUCAUCAAAGACACUCCUCCUUUUACAAACAUAGAGAAGAUUGUGACAAGUCAGCAAUUUCAAAAUGAUAUGCCGCAUCUUAUUCAUGGAUGUCACACUGGUGCACUGGAGAAUUUCCACAGUUUGGCGUUGAAGUAUCGCACCAAGCGGAUUCAUUUCGGGAUGGAUGGAAUGGAGGCUCGAACAAAGUUAGCGGUUUUAACCCAUAAUAACAAUACCGGAAGAAAACAGGCCACAGUCAAAUUUUCACGUUCCAACACUGAAGCGGUCGGAGCAAGAAGAACAAAGUUGUUUGUCCCAAAAGGAAGAUCUCGUUGGAUCGUCCGCAAUGUAUACGAGAAGUUAUCGGUUGAAUUUAUGUAUGAUAUUAUUGAUGAUGUACUCAAGAUGGCAGGUGGUAAAAUCUCACACGAUUGGGAAAGUCGAACUGCAUCACUACCUCCUAACAUAGCAAAUAUGGAGCGGCCUAAUAAAGCUGAAAUCAGGCGAAUGCAAAUUAAUCGAUUUCGUUACAGCGAAAAAUAGAACCUCUUUAUAAAAAAUUCAAAAUAAUGGUUCUUCACAGUUAAUUUACAAAACAAUACCGGUUAAAAAAAUAAAAAAAGUUUUUGUUUAUGGUGUUAUGGUUAUCUCGUUAAUCAUUUUGUUAGUGUCUUCCAGGAGAGAAAUCAAGUCUCUUAUGGACUGACCACACUUGAUGCCUGUUUCUACUUAGAAUGAACAACCAUGAUUGUCUUUUUUUGGUUCUUAUAUUCCAACGAAGUUAUAUAAGUUUUAUAUCACGAAUGGAACUACAAUCAAUCAUACUGUGUUAUGAUAAUGCAGUUACUGUUGAUGGAAUGCAAGUGUCCGAAUACGUUCCUCUCCCAAGCAACCAUAAAUAUGUUA